AUGUCGAAAAAAACGGAAGAGAAGUUCUCCUGUGAAAUGUACAGCAACAGAUUCUUUAUACUGUGUGCUGUAGGCGGUGCGUUAGCUUGCGGUUCCACUCAUACGGCAGUCACACCGCUCGACCUGGUCAAGUGUCGCCUGCAGGUGGAUCCACUCAAGUACAAAUCUAUCUUCACAGGGUUUGGCGUUUCUUUCAAAGAAGGUGGCGUCCGCAAUCUUGUUAAAGGAUGGGCGCCAACUUUGAUUGGUUACUCGCUGCAAGGCUGUGCUAAGUUCGCGGGUUAUGAAUACUUUAAAUAUCUGUAUGCCAAAAUGGUGUCUGAAGAUAAUGCCUUUUUGUACAGAACCUACCUAUACUUGGCGGCAUCUGCGUCAGCUGAGUUCAUCGCUGACUGUUUUUUAGCACCUUUUGAGGCUACUAAAGUGCGUAUGCAAACAACUCCCGGCUACACUUCUCAGAUGAGGAAAGCAAUGCCACACAUGCUUAAUACUGAGGGCAUAGGCGUGUUUUAUAAAGGAUUGCCACCGCUUUGGGGAAGACAAGUUCCAUAUACUAUGAUGAAGUUUUCAUCAUUCGAGAAAACUGUAGAAUACUUAUAUGACAAUGUGGUGCCAAAACCGAGGGCCGAAUGCACGAAGGCCGAACAACUGAUAGUGACGUUCACGGCAGGAUACAUAGCAGGCGUGCUCUGUGCUAUUGUGUCACAUCCCUCUGACACGAUAGUAUCUAAGUUGAACAAGGAUCCAAGCGCAUCUAUCGGCGGCAUCAUAUCAGAGGUUGGAAUGGUUGGAAUCUGGCGCGGUCUGGUGGCGCGUAUCAUCAUGAUUGGGACGCUCACCGGUCUGCAGUGGUUCGUUUACGAUGCUUUCAAAGUGUAUACGGGUAUGCCACGUCCACCUCCUCCAGAAAUGCCAGCUUCUCUCGCUAAGAAAUUAGCUGAAGAGGCUAAAAAGAAAAAGUAA